AGAUACUAGAUUUGUCGAUGGAUAAAGUAACAACAAAGUGUUUCUUGACAUCUCGGUAUCGCCUGGCAACUUUUAUUUUUUUUAAAUAAACGGCUUUCCGUAGCUGCAUAAAAAUAAGACAUAAAUACAGAGAACUUGUAAUCCACAGAUAAUUCACCUAGAAUGUCUGUUGCUGAAUUUUUAAAAGAUUUGCCAUCACACAACGAGAAUAAUUUUGCGAACUUUCAUACUGAUAAUGGAAACCGGACGUGUGUUAAGAGACCGUCGGUGUAUCUUCCUACUAAGGACUAUCCUUCAGAACAAGUUAUAGUUACCGAAAAAACUACCAUCUUAUUGAGGUAUCUUCAUCAACAAUGGGAUAAGAAGGUCGCCGAGAGGAAAAGAGAUUUCUUGUCCGCUAAUGGUGAUUCUCAGGAGGAUGCGUCUAUGGUGCGCAGUAAAAGGCCACGUCUCGAUCUAAACAACAGUCUCUAAAGCACAUUGCAUAUAUUUCAUACGAAUAAACGCAACAUCAUCGGUAAUCAUCGGUAUCGGUAUAUCCAUGAUUUUUAUGUUCUAAAUACUAUUUAUUAUUUGAAAAAAUAAUUUGCCUAGAAUGAUAAUAUGUACCGUACUGAAAUAAGUCAUUAUGUCUGAAGCUUAUGUUACAAAGCAUUUAUCUUGUUGUAGGAUAAAUUUGUAAAUCUCUUAGAAAGUAUCCAUAAUUAUAUAUACUGUUAUGAUUUAAUGUAUUCAUUAAACAGUUAAUUUCUUCUAUAUUGUGCCAAUAACUUUUUGGUAGUCCAAAUCAGCUUCUAUGAUUUAAUAAUUACAUUUUUAUAGAGUGAUAAUUGUUACAUCAAUAGAAUUGGUAUAAAACAUAUAUUUAUACAUUGGCAUAAAACAUUUUUUAUAUACCUAAACAUAUCAUUAUUUUAUUGCAUGCAAUAUGGCUCGUAUUCAGAACGCGCUUGCAACGAUAAAAACGUUUCUAAAGUGGGCUCUGCAAUUUAAGGUACAAAAUUUAAGAUUGAGCAAUCACAGUCGAUCUCUAUUUUUUAGAUUCGACUGUUCGAUUGAUCAAUUCCUUACAGCUUAAAGCUUAAAUUUUAUGGCUUAAAUUAUUAAUAAUUAAUCUUAUUAUAGAACUCGCUUGAAAAAUGGCUUAAAGAUGAUUUAAAGAAAAAUGGUUUAAAAAUCAUUUGAUUGGCUGAGAAACUAUAUUGAAAGCGCUUUUAUCGUCGUAAGUGCGUUCUGAAUAUGGGGUUACAUAUGUACAUACAUAUGUGAAAGAUCUGGAUAAAGAAUUAUAUCCAAAAUUGUAAUUGUUUUGAGUAUAUUAUAAAUGUAUUAUUUAUUCAUUGCAGUAAUGUAAAUAAUUUUUCAAAAGAUAAAUGUACGCUGUUAUAUAAAUAUCUUAUUUCUUUUCCUCACAUAUUCAAGUAAUGUAUUGGGAUACGUUACUCAUUUUCUAGUGUAUAAUGAGAUAUUAAGAAUGAUCAACUUGGGAUAUAUUUUGUAUGACUAAAAAAGGUCUAUCAAAGAGGGUUCUGAAAUUAUCGACCGUUUUUAAUUAACUUAUUCAAUACGUAGGUGUUUAAUAUGUGGUAUACAAUCGUCUUUCGAAAUUUUGUAUGUAUAUACACAACGCACUUAUAAUGCGUAUAUAUAUAUAUAUCUUUGCGAAACUAUUUUUCAUGUUAUCAGUCUCGUUGAUUUGACGCCAAGGUUGUGCGUAGAUUUCAAAAUUAUCUCUACAUGCAUUAUUCGCAGGGACUCUUUUCAUGGGAAUCGUGUAAUCUAUUGGGCUGACCAAGGUCUGUGCUGAUUGUUUUUAGCAAAAUUCAAAUAAGAAAACUCAUCAGUUCUUAGAAAAUUUUGUUUCUGAAUAUUACUAUAAAAUUUGCAUGGACUUUUCAGUCAAUCCAAUAUAUUUAGAGUAACAUGUUUAAGUUACAAAUGUAUUUAGCUAGAUGUAUUGUGCAAUCUACUUAUAAUUAUUAUUUAAAUUAUAUAGUGAUAUGAAAGCACCUGUAGAAUAAUAGCACAAAAAUUGAUAUAGAAAUGUCAUUAUUUAUUACCUGUGUACUUUUAAACAGCAGUAUAGCUUAGCUCAUUAUUGCAAUGUGCACAAUAUGCGUUGCCUCUCUCUCUCUCUCUCUCUCUCUCAUUUGCACUUGCAAGUAUUUUUCUAUAGAAGAAAUAAGCAUUUGUUGAAUUUCUCGUGAUAUAUCGACCAUGUAAUUAUCGAGCCUUUCGCUUCGAUUCUCCGAAGAUAUCCGAAGCGCGGCGAACGCACACGACGUCGCGACGUGUUGUGUGACGUGGUUGCCACUUGGCAUCGAAUGUCAUCGUAGCAUGUCAUUUUAUAGUUAAUAAAUACUGUAUUGGAUUAU